GUACUUAUUUUUUUCAAGUCUAAAUCGUUUUUAAAAAAAAAUCAUUAAAAAGUCAUCCAUUCAACCCGGUAGUAAAACUGUAACCUUGUUGUUGCUGUUGUCACGCGGCGGGGCUUGGCACUCUACUACAGCAAUGUCUUUCCCAACUCUCCUAGAUGGACUGAAUCCUACACAAAAGCAAGAUUUGAUAUAGCCAUGUACGAAGUGAAUUCCCUGGAUAUGGUAUUCUUAACCAGCUGCCUUCCUGAGUGGUGACGCUUUAACUGUAAACAUGAGUGGUUCCAAGCCGGACAUUCUAUGGUCUCCACAUCAUGUGGAUCGAUAUGUUAUCUGUGACUCCGAACUCAGUUUGUACCGGAUCGGAUCUAUUGGGAGUGCCGAGAGGAAGGCAGGAACGUUGCCACUAUCCGAAGAAACAGCGGCCACGCUCUUAGCCAUCAACUCGGACACCCCUUACAUGAAAUGUGUUGCAUGGUACCCCAAGCAUGAACCUGAGUGUCUUCUGGCAGUUGGUCAGGCCAAUGGGAGAGUAGUACUAACCAGCCUGGGUCAGAGCCCCAACUCCAAGUGUAAGGAGCUGAUGGGGAAGGAGUUUGUGCCCAAGCAUGCGCGGCAGUGCAACACACUGGCAUGGAACCCCUGGGACAGCAACUGGCUGGCCGCUGGCCUGGACAAACACCGCGCUGACUUCUCCGUCCUUAUUUGGGACAUCAGUAGCAAAUACGCACCGGAUGUUUCGGUGCCCAUGGAGAAGAUCCGUCUCUCAUCAGGAGACACCGAUUCGGGCUUGGUGGUGACCAAGCCUCUAUAUGAACUGGGUCAGAACGAUGCUUGCCUCUCCCUCUGCUGGCUUCCGCGAGACCAGAAGCUGCUGCUGGCCGGCAUGCACCGCAACCUGGCCAUCUUUGACCUGCGCAACACCAGCCAGAAGACCUUCGUCAACACCAAGGCCAUCCAGGGCGUGACGGUGGACCCGCACUUCCACGAGCGCGUGGCCUCCUUCUUCGAGGGCCAGGUGGCCAUCUGGGACUUGCGCAAGUUCGAGAAGCCCGUGCUGACGCUCACCGAGCAGCCCAAGCCGCUCACCAAGGUGGCGUGGUGCCCGACGCGCACGGGCCUGCUGGCCACGCUGACGCGCGACAGCAACGUCAUCCGGCUGUACGACAUGCAGCACGCGCCCACGCCCAUCGGUGACGAGACGGAGCCCACCAUCAUCGAGCGCAGCGUGCAGCCCUGCAGCGACAACAGCGUCAUCAGCAGCUUCGCCUGGCACCCGUCCGCCCAGAACCGCAUGGUGGUGGUGUCGCCCAACCGUGCCAUGACCGACUUUACUGUCUUCGAGCGCAUCUCGCUGGCAUGGGGCUCCACCACCUCCCUGAUGUGGGCCUGUGGGCGCCACCUUUACGAGUGCACCGAGGGUGCAGCGGAGAGGGACAGGGACAUCGCCACCAAGAUGAGGCAGCGAGCGCAGAACGGCUACGGCCACGACACCGUGCAGGUGUGGAGAAACCACCUGCUAGCCGGAGGGGAUGACCCCCAGCUCAAGUCGCUGUGGUACACGCUGUACUUUAUGAAGCAAUACACUGAAGACCUGGCGCAAAAGCAACAAGGGAGCAAACAGUCCCUGAUAUAUUCAGGCAUCAAGAACAUCGUCAAGUCCAGUUCAGGCACUACUGAAAACCGCCGCUGUUGGAGGGGCUCUGACCGCCAGACGGACGUGGCGCGGUACAACAGCGAGGAGCGCAGCCUAGCGCUGCAGCUGUGCGGUUGGAUCGGCCGGGGGCCGGAGGUGGACGUGGAGCCCUUCCUUAAGUCCCUGGAGCAGGAGGGCGAGUGGGAGCGUGCUGCUGCCGUGGCCCUCUUCAACCUGGACAUCCGCCGCGCCAUCCAGAUCCUCAACAGAGGGGCCUCUUCAGAGAAGGGGGACCUGAACCUGAACGUGGUGGCCAUGGCCCUGUCUGGCUACACGGACGAGAAGAAUUCCCUGUGGAGGGAGAUGUGUAGCUCGCUGAGGCUGCAGCUGAAGAAGCCCUAUCUGUGUGUGAUGUUCGCCUUCCUGACCAGCGAGCCAGGGGCCUACGAUGGUGUACUGUAUGAGAGCAGUGUAGCAGUCCGAGACAGGGUGGCUUUCGCCUGUAUGUUUCUCAAUGACACUCAGUUACCUCGAUACAUAGAUAAACUGACCAAUGAGAUGAAGGAGGCGGGGAACCUGGAGGGCAUCCUACUGACGGGCCUGACCAAAGAUGGGGUGGAUCUGAUGGAGAGCUAUGUGGAUCACACCGGAGACGUGCAGACGGCCAGCUUCUGCUUGCUCAUGGGCUCCCCAGGGGAGGUAGUGAAGGACACUCGCGUCCAGUGCUGGAUCGAAAACUACCGGAACCUUCUGGACGCCUGGAGAUUUUGGCACAAGAGGGCUGAGUUUGACAUUCACAGGAGCAAGCUGGACCCCAGUUCAAAGCCUCUCGCUCAGGUGUUUGUGAGCUGUAACUUCUGUGGGAAGUCCAUCUCGUACAGCUGCUCGGCCAUCCCUCACCAGGGCCGCGGCUUCAGCCAGUACGGCGUCAGCGGCUCCCCCACCAAGUCAAAGGUCACCAGCUGCCCCGGCUGCCGCAAGCCCUUGCCCCGCUGUGCCCUCUGCCUCAUGAACAUGGGCACACCCGUAUCCAGCUGCCCCGGUUCUGGGAAGAUGGAUGAGAAAGUGGACCUCACCAGGGAUAAGAAGCUCGCCCAGUUUCACAACUGGUUCACCUGGUGCCAUAACUGCCGUCAUGGAGGCCAUGCAGGUCAUAUGCUGAGUUGGUUCAGAGACCACAGUGAAUGCCCAGUCUCGGCCUGUACCUGUAAAUGUAUGCAGCUGGACACCACCGGGAACCUUGUGCCUUCAGAUAGCUCCUAGAAGAUGUGCUGUUUGGAGACACACACACACACACACACACACACACACACACACACACACACACACACAAAUACAGAUGCCACAAAAAGUAACCAUCUCUGUCUGCAACAAAAGAGAUGGAAAGCACUUUUAAGCCUGUGAUGAGGUGGUUAUUAGCUGCUUACGAAGCUGACGCCUAAUCCAAGCUUGAAUCUCUGCCUUGGUUUGUAAAUUGUAAACUUGCCUCUGACUUUGAGUGCUAUUCAGUUCUAUUUCUCAUGACAUGCUAGUUUGUGAAUUUCUGAGAAUGUUUGUUAGACACCAUGACAAGUGAGUUGAUAAAAAAACACUGAUAAGGGUGCUGACGGUAAUAAUGUGUUUUUGAAAAUAAUUCAGUCAGAUGGUCAGUUAUAGCUUUGCUGACUGAGGCUUUGUGUUCGCAUACAUUAGAGCGAUGAAAAAGGCUCUCUGAGUGCUUACAGUUCAGUAGUUAUAACAAAAUGAAGCAUAUCUUCCAACUGAAAUGGAAACAAUCAGGCAAGCUCUACCUCUCCUCUCACUGUGGAAUGCUUUGAUUAUAUAUAUAUAUAUAUAUAUAUACAUACAUGUAUAUAUAUAUAUAUAUAUAUAUAUCCAUUGCAUCAAAAUACAGACCACAUUUGGCAUCCACUUCCACAUUCACUUAUUUCUGUAGCAGUAUAGUGCUCAUAUAGCACUCAUAGGUGCAUGAGUGCACUUUUUAUGAAUGUAGCUCCAACCUUAAGCACUAGGGGGCGUAUGUUUAUCAUGGCCUCAUCUCCCUCAGCAGUGAGUGGUGUAUAUUGCCCUUCUCACCAGUUACUGAGAAUACCACAAGACAAUGGAGGCAAGUGGGCUUUAUCUUGACAGUGACAUUGACAAUGACGAGACAAUGAACGAAUGAAUGAAGUAAUUCUAAAGGAUACUGUAACAAACAGAAACACAUUGUUGACAUAAAAAUAACCGAAAGAAAAGUUAAAAAAGCAAAUGUACCAUCAUGCCAGAGGAACAUUCAAGGUCUCUACAUGUAAAAUAAACACAAUCUCAGCUGACUUCAGUUCA